UAAUCAAAAGAAAAUCCCUGGUUUGGCGGGAUGCCCUUUUUCUUAAACUCCCCGAGUCCCAAAUCUGCACUCUCUGUGGAUCUCAACUCCAUCUUCGAUCUCUAAUUAUCUCUUUCUUGGCUAAAUCUUGACCUCGCGCUGUUGAUGGAUUGAGAGCAGUUCGGGUGUCAUCGGUCUCGAUCGUUGUUGAGAUUUCUUGAUGAAGAUCGGCGUGGCGUCGGUUGAGCAACAAGCAGCAGAUCCAGGAGUAGGGAAGGGCAUUAAAGUGGAAAAAGGAUCAAAUUUUCUCUAGCAAGUAUCAGAUCUUUAAACGAUGUCCAGGAUUCCCAAGUUGAAGAUUGAAAAGACUAAAGUGAAAGUUGUCUUCCGUCUACAGUUCCACGCUACGGAUAUUCCGCAGUCAGGAUGGGACAAGCUAUUUGUCACAUUCACCCCUACAGAUUCAGGGAAAGUGGCUGCAAAAACAACCAAAGCUAGUGUGAGGAAUGGAAGCUGUAAAUGGUCAGAUCCAAUUUAUGAGACUACAAGACUUCUCCAGGAUCCAAAGACAAAAGAUUAUGAUGAGAAGCUCUAUAAGCUUGUGGUGGCAAUGGGCUCUUCUCGGUCUAGUCUGCUUGGAGAGGUUAUCAUCAAUCUUGCUGACUUUGUAGAUGCCUUGAAGCCUUCCUCCGUCGCAUUGCCCUUACGUGGCUGUGACUUUGGCACAAUAUUACAUGUGACUGUGCAACUUUUAACCUCCAAAACAGGGUUCAGAGAAUUUGAGCAACAAAGGGAGACUAGCGUAAAGGGCUUUCAGGCAUCUUCUGGCAAGAGAAUUCAUGACCCUAAGGAGGUUAUACCCGCUUCUUCUGGUACCAGAGAACACAUAGAUAAGAUUAAUGCAAGGGUCAGUUUCAAGGGCGAUUCUGCAGGGCUUCCUUCCCUUGAGGAGGUGGGUGAGUUGAAUGAAGAUUAUGAAGAUUCAGCUGCUGGAGUUGAUGGUUCAUCAUACACCUCAGAAAGUUUAUACGCUGAAAAGAAUGAUUUUUCAGGCUUAACUGAACUCAAUGGUCUGAGGAGCAGGGCCUCGGGUGAUGUAGUCGGAUUUACACCUGCUCAUAGUUCAGGCACAGGGAAAGGAGAGCACAAUUACAAGCGGCUUUCAAGCCAGCUUAGCAAUGAUUGGAGUCAUGGUUGGAGUUCGGACUACUCGAUUGAUAAUGAUUUAGCUUCUAAUUUUGAAGAUAGUGAUAGACUCAUUGCAAGAGUUCAAGCAGCCGAGUCAGCAGUUUUACAGCUUAAAUCAGAAGCAAGUUCAUUACAAAUCUUGUCUGAUGAAUUAUCUUCUGAAACACAACAUUUAGCUCAACAACUUGCCAUGGAGCUUUCUUCGGGAGAGAAGCUGGCCAGAGAAUUCAACAUACUAAAAUCUGAGUAUUGGAAAUUCAAAAAUGAUCUUGAUGAACUAAAGGUAGCUUCAGCUUCUCAGCGUACUUCUAGAAGAAAAUGCAUCCUAGAGAAGGCUUCAUUUGGGAAUACACUUAAAUCAGAAGCUGAAUCUACCGACAGUGCACUUGAUGCAGAGCACAGCAACCUAUCCUUUGAUUUUCAGUCCAAGUUGCUUCAAGGAAUUUUUCUCAUCGAAUGUAAAGCUCAGCUGAUUCAAAAUAAGGCAUGCUGUGGGCAUAAUGGCAAUGAAUUUGAUUAUAUCUAUUCUGAAUUUAAUGAUCUAGGCAGCUUAAUUCAGAAUCUUAAACAAAGUAUCGUCCAGGAAUUGUCUGUAGAACCCGUUAGUCAAAUUGAGACAACAAAUGAUCAAUAUUCAUUGGUUUCAGCAUCUGAACAUGUUCAAGGACAGGGCGCUGUAAGAUGUUCUGCUGAUUUUCAUCAUUCAGAAGACAUUAAGGACAAGAAAGUUUUUGAACUUUCAGAACAAUUGGAUGUCUUAAAGGCUGAGAAUAGAAAUCUUGCUAGGAGGAUUACACAAAUGGAGUGUUACUAUGAAGCACUUAUUCAUGAACUUGAAGACGGACACAAUCAAACAUCAAGUCAGCUGGAAAACCUUAGGGCUGAGCACUCAUCUUGCUUUUAUACGAUUUCUAAUCUUCAAAAUCAAACCGAAAAAUUACAUGAAGAAUUGAAUGGUCAGCUAAUCAGAUUUGCCGAAGACCGGCAUAACUUAGAAUCUCUUAUAAAAGAACUUGAAAAGAGAGCUAUUUCCUCUGAGACAAUGCUGAAAAGGGUUCGGUGGAACUAUGCCAUAGCAGUUGACCGAUUGCAGAAAGACCUUGAACUGCUUUCCUUCCAAGUUCUGUCAAUGUAUGAGGCAAAUCAGUGCCUUGCAAAGCAAGCACUUGCUGAUGCUACCGAACAGCAUCCUGAUGAACAUUCAGAGGAGAUGCCUCUGUGGCAUAGAGGUGAAUGGCUGUUUUCUCCCAACCAAAAACAACAGAAAUUAGCUCUUGCUGAAAUUCAGCAUGACAUUUCUCUGACAAAUGGCGAUCACAAUCAUCGAAUGCUUGGCAAUUUUUCUUCCAAAGAGGAAAAAAAAGGCACCUCUCAAACUGGUUUAUCCAUGGCUACACAAUUCCAUGCCAUUGAAGAACCAGAUGCUUCAGCUAAUGCAUUAAAGUUGAAUGAUUUAUCCUCAGCUGCUUCUAUACAUGAUUUCAUGCAGGAGAGAAAGGAUCCGUCGCUUUCCCAUAAUUCAUUGAUGGAAAAACUCAGGAGCAGUUAUCUUUACAAUUUGAUUAUCCAAAAGCCCAUCAAUCAUUCUCAAGUAUUUGACAAUUCUGAAAUGUCAUUUGAUGUGCUAAAACAGCUCCACACAACUUCCGAGACUGAACUUUCAGAAGUAGUUUUGCUUUACACGCAUUGGGAAGUUUAUGCACAAAUUUUACAAGAAACAUUACGUGAGAUAUUUCCUGGGAUUGGCCACAUGAUUGGGAAGGUAGUUGAACUUCAAGAGGAACUAAGACAUUGUACAAAUGAUAAGGAAUUUCUGACCCUUGGGAUGCAUGCUGCCUUGGAGGAGUCUAGGAUAUCAAGGGAGGCUGAAGCAAAAUGCAUAUCUAGAUAUAAUGAGUUAGCAUCGAAACAUCGUAUUAUGGAAGCAAAACUAAAUGACACUUUAGACGAGAACAGUUUUCUUGUGCAGAAAUUGGUAGAUUGCCAGAGCUUGAUAUCAGACUCUGAAGUUUCUGAAAGCAUGUAUAUGGCAUGUGCUUCUGAAAAUAUUGAACUUAAAAAUAUGCUGAAAGAAGAAAAAUCACAAAGAGACUAUCUUCAAAUUAAGAUUAACUCCUUAAUCGAUGAACUGAAAUCACUAAAGGAACAAUAUGAGAAAAAGUGCUCUUUGAACUCUGAUCUCCAAAAAGGUGCCACUUAUCUGCAAGACAAGUUGCGGGAUCUUUGUAAUUGUGUUAUAUUUUGUAGUCAGCAAAUUAGUGAUACUAUUGAUGAUGUAUUUGUAAAGGACGACUUAGACAGUGAGAACUAUGAUGCCAUAAUCUCUCGCUUAGAGCAGGUCCAACAGAAAGUAUCUCUUAGGCUAUUUAGUCUCCAACAAGAGAAGAAAGUGGCAGAGGAGCAAAGAGAGAUUGCUCAAUGUACAUUAAAUGAAAGAGAAUCACAUAUCUUAUACAUGAGACAGAAGUUUGACUGUGAGCUGGAAAAUGUCACGACAAAGCUGGAGCAUUCUUGCACCAAUGUUCAAAAUUUACAGAUAGAGCUUGAAGAUGCAGUAAAAAAACUUAGGCUUAGCAAGGAAGCUGAAGAAUGGCACAUCUUGGAAAAUAGAAAAUUGCUGUCAAAUAUGUCCAUUCUGGAAGUUAAACUGCAACAAGCUACUGAUGAAUGCAGAGUUCUCAGUAAAAAAUUGCUUGCUAGAGAGGGCAUUGUUAAUGAAGAGCUUGCAAACACUAAGUUGAGGCUUAAAGAUUUAAUGCAGGAGAACAGAGACCUGUUGUCUUCCAUCCAGUCUAGCAGUGAGACAUCCGUGAAAUUGGAACGUGAGAUCUCUAGCUUGAAAGAUAGUUUGAAUUAUGCCCAUGUCGAACUGCAAUCUGAAAGAAAAAUUAGAGAAGAUCUUGAGGUUUCCAUCUCAGAUCUUAAGUUACAAUUAAUGGAGACAAGUAAGCAGCUCUUAUUCUUUAAUGAGCAGAAUGACGAAUUGUGCUAUCUUAGGACAAGGGUUCUAGACCUUGAAGGAGAUGCACAGCGAUAUGUGGUGCUUUGUAAAGAAAGAGAGAGAAAAAUAGAUGCUGAAAGUUCAUUACUUAAUCUUGAAGUUGCUAAUUUGGAAACUCAUUUGAUUGCAGCACUUGGGCAAUCCAUAUCUGCUGAUGUUGAGUUAACUUACAUGAGAUGUCAAUUCUACUCUAAAAUUGCAGAGCUUGUUGUGCAUCAGAAGACAUCAAAAAGCGUCCUUGAAGAGCUCCAUUUAAAGCAUUUAAAUGCCAUUGUUUCACUAGAAAAGUACAUUGUUAGUGAAGCAGAAUUGAUGGCGGAAAGAGAAAGGUUGACAGCUGAUCUCCUAUCAGCAAAAUACACACUUGAAGUCCUUUGUGAUGAAAAGGAAAACCUUCUAGCCUACAUAGAUGCAAACACCAUAAAGCAGGCUGACUUUGAAGAUUUGAAGACAAGAGCUGCAAUUUCUGAAACUAAUUAUGCUAAGGAGAAACAACAGUACGAGGAUGAAAUCUGUAUGCUAAAAAGUAUGCUGCUGAGGUUGGAAGAUUUUGAUGAACUGCUGUUAUCGAAAGUCGAGUUAGAUAUAAUGGUUGUUUUUCUUAUGUCAAAAUUAAGUGAACAAGAAAAACAGAUUGCCUUGUUUGAGGAAUGUGACUAUGAGAUGAGAAAAUUAAGAGAGCAGCACAUUGAGCUCAGUCGGAAACUCUCAGAACAGAUUUUGAAGACAGAGGAGUUUAAGAAUCUUUCUAUCCAUCUUAGAGAGCUUAAAGACAAAGCAGAUGCUGAGUGUCAUUAUGCUUGUGAAAGAAGAGAGUCUGAGGGAUCUUCCCUUGCGGUCCAGGAGUCGCUAAGAAUAGCAUUUAUUAAGGAACAAUGUGAGUCCAAGAUUCAAGAGUUUAAAAAUCAGUGUUCUGUCUCCAGAAAAUAUGCAGAGGAAAUGUUGAUGAAGUUGCAAAAUUCUCUUGAUGAUAUUGAGGCAAGAAAGAAAAGUGAGGCUUCUCUAGCCAAAAGAAAUGAAGAAAUGUCAAUUCUACUAUCUGAGCUGGAGACUGAAUUACAAACUGUUGUGGCUGAUAGGAGAGAAUUGAUUAAAGCUUAUGACAGAAUGAAAGCUGAACUGGAGUGCACUUUUCUUAGCCUCGAGUGCUGCAAGGAAGAAAAGCUAAAGCUUCAAAAUUUGUUGAAAGAGUCCAGUGAUGAAAGAGAAAAGAUUAGAGUAGAACUGGACUUGGUGAAACGCUUGCUUGAGAAUAUGGCAUCCAUUACAGGGACUGGACUUGAAAUGAAUUAUGAAGCAAAUAAGCCUGAUGCAACAUUAAUUGGGGAACUUCUAGAGGAUUUAGUUGGUUCUGAUGACCAAGUGAACAAAGUUGGUAGAUAUACUGCAAGUGAGACACUCGAAUCUAGUUCAUCCAGAUUAGUAUAUGAUAUGAAGCUAAAUAGCAUGAAUAAAGACACAUGCCUGAGUCUUGGCAAACCGAAAAAUCUUUUGAAAGAACCUGUGGCAGAACGAGCAACUCUGUUGGAAAAUAAUGCAACACAGAUUGCCGAUAUUAAAGAACAUUUCAGGGAACAGCAGAGACUAAUGAAUGGCAUGGAGCUUCUUCAUAAACAGUUGGAAAGGUUGAGAGAUCAGAACCAGUCAUCUGAGCUUCAAUUGGAAGAGGAUCACUUCGAUGCUGAUCUUCAAGAUCUACAUAGAGAAUUAUUACAAUUAGAUAUGGCAAAUGAACAAUUGGGAAGUAUUUUCCCUAAAUAUAAAAAACUCACUAGUUAUGGAAAUGCAUUAGAGAGGGUACUGGCUUUGGAGCUCGAGCUUGCAGAAGCAUUACAAGUAAAGAAAUCAGGAAGUCAUUUCCAGAGCUCAUUCCUAAAGCAACACAAUGAUGAUGAGUCAAUACUUCAGAGUUUCAAAGACAUCAAUGAAUUAAUAAAAGACAUGAUUGGGCUCAAAAAAAGAAAUGCUGCUGUAGAAACUGAACUGCAAGAGAUGCAUAAUAGAUACACCCAGCUAAGUCUACGAUUUGCAGAGGUGGAAGGAGAGAGACAGAAACUAGUCAUGUCUUUAAAAAAUAGAACACCAAAGAAAUCAUAGCUUUCUGCACUUUUUGGUGCAGAAAUUUUCACUUGUGCUGUGGCCACCACCUCUUCAGCAGACGAAGUUUAUUACAAAAAUUUGGGCAUUUGUUGAUAAGGAUGCAGAAGCUGGAUAUUUACCAACGCCCCCUGAUUGAUCUUUAGGCUCCGGAGGAUGACUGCAAUUUAUAAUGUAUAGCUUGAAAAAUAUUUUUUUUCUGCGGUGUAGUUUAUGUUGUAUGAAACGCAAGUUUAAAUAUUGAGAUGUGUUACUUGGAACGUACUUAAUAUAUUGAUUUGAAUCAUUUGAUGGA